AUACCCGUUGCAAUCAGCUGUCUUUUCUAAUCAGCGUUGGCAGACAAUAUCUUGCGGGAGCACGGAGUCAAAUAUGUGGCAAAGAUAUCGGUUAAACCUACCUGCGUGAGGUGACUGGUUGUAGUCUUUACUGUGGCCUUGAGAAAGCUAGCUACGCAGCAAGCCGUUUGAAAAAAAUAUGCAUGAACGCUUUACUUGUUAAGAACGUAAUCUAACAGGCUUCCAGAUGUGUCCAUAUUCAUUUCAGCACGUCAUCGUGGAUAGCAUAAUGUUACAUCAAAGUGUGUGGUGGACUGGAUUAACACUUACAGGUCCUUUCGGACAAAAACAAACAUCGGGAAUCAACUGUCAGAUUUAGCCUCGUAGCUACUAUGGCACCAUCAAGGACCUCUUUGCCAUUGGCUUUGAUGGUUAUUCUCUUGGUGUCCUCGCUGAGAUCAUUGUAUGCCACGUCUGAGUUGGACCCUUACAAAAUCCUUGGAGUGACCAGGAGUGCAAGCCAAACUGAAAUUAAAAAGGUCUACAAGCGCCUUGCAAAAGAAUGGCAUCCGGACAAAAACAAAAACCCAGAAGCUGAGGACAUGUUCAUUAAGAUCACCAAAUCUUAUGAGAUCUUGUCCAAUGAAGAAAAACGUGCCAGUUAUGACCGAUACGGACAGACUGAUGACACCCAGCACUAUGGCCAUGGCCACUAUGGUCAACGCCAUGACAACUUUUACUUUGACGAGUCCUUCUUCAACUUUCCUUUCAAUAGCAAGAACAACAGGGACUUUGCUGACAGCAAGUUCACACUGCAUUUUAAUCAGUAUGUCAACGAUGUAGUGCCUGACAGUUUCAAGCGGCCAUACCUUAUCAAGAUAACCUCUGACUGGUGCUUCAGUUGCAUCCACAUUGAGCCCGUCUGGAAGGAAGUGGUACAGGAGAUGGAGACACUAGGUGUGGGGAUUGGUGUGGUAGAUGUUGGCUAUGAGAGGCGGCUAGCCAAUCACCUUGGUGCUCAUCGUACCCCAUCAAUACUUGGAGUGAUCAACGGCAAAGUAACAUUUUUCCAUUACGCUGUGUCAAAGGAGCACUUAAGGCAGUUUGUAGAGGACCUUCUUCCUCAGAGACUAGUUGAGAAGGUCACGGACAGGAAUGACCUGCAAUUUCUGAACAAUUGGCAUGAGCUUAACAAGCCACAUGUGCUUUUGUUUGACCAAGUGCCUGCAGUUCCUCUCCUAUUCAAGCUGACAGCUUUUGCCUAUAAGGACUACUUGCAGUUUGGCUAUGUGGACCAGGGCCUUACAGAGACAGCCAAUCUGCUAAAGCGGUUCAACAUUAAUACAUAUGCCCCCACCAUGCUGGUCUUCAAGGAGAACAUUGACAAGCCAGCUGACAUUAUACAGGCAAAAGGAAUGAAAAAGCAAAUAAUUGACGAGUUCAUGUCAAACAACAAAUUCCUGCUUGUACCACGACUGGUCAGUCAAAAGCUCUUCGAUGAGCUUUGCCCUGUCAAACAGUUUCACCGACGCAGGAAAUACUGUGUCCUGCUGAUCACCGGUGAUGAAGAGACCUUUUCUUUUGGGAACCAGGCUUUCCUCUCAUUUGCCUCAAGCAAUACCAAGGAGGUGGUGAGAUUUGCUUAUGUCUACCAGAGGCUCCAGCAACCAUUGUCUGAUAUCCUCAUGCAGAAUAAGGACAGCACACCAUCAGCACCACCACAGGUUGUGAUCCUGGAGAGACGAAAUGCCGCAGGGAAGGUCUUCUAUAAACCUGUUACUGCAUGGAACGGCAGUGAGGAAGACAAGCAACGUCUUCUGGAGGAAUUAGAUAAACUGCAAAAGGACCCUUCUAUCCUCGUCUAUGAUGCAAUGCUACCCGAGCUCAACAAUGAGUUUGCCUCUAUGUUUUUGAUCCGAUGGAUCUAUGCAUCUUAUGAUUAUCUCUCUGAAGUCAUUGAUGAUAUUCUACAUAAUAACUGGCGUGAGAUGAUGCCUCUUCUCUCACUGAUUUUCUCUGCCUUGUUUAUCUUGUUUGGAACUGUGGUCAUCCAAGCCUUCAGUGACUCAAGUGAAGAUAAGCAGACAAAACCAAAGGCAAAAGAUGGAACAAAAGCAGAAAAUGGGUCACCGGGUAUGAGUAGCACUUCAAGUCGGCCUCCAAAGAAGAGUUUUGUUGAGGUGACAGAGUUGACGGAUAUCACGUACACCAGCAACCUGGUAAAACUGAGGCCAGGACACAUGAAUGUGGUGCUGGUGCUCACAGACGCCACCAAGAACAUCCUCCUCAGCAAGUUUGCCAAGGAGGUCUACUCUUUCACUGGGAGCCUGACGCUGCACUUCUCCUUCCUAAAUAUUGACAAGCACAGUGAAUGGAUGAACACGCUGCUAGAAUACGCCCAAGAUGCCAUGCAGAUCGACACAGACCGGGAGGAGGGGAGCAGCCACAAGAUGGACUAUACCGGCUACGUGCUGGCUCUUAAUGGCCACAAAAAGUACCUCUGUCUCUUUAAGCCCGUCUACACUGGGGAGGACCUGGACAGUAAGUCGUCUGAGGAAGAAGGGGGUGCCACAGCGGGUAGAUCAAGGUCCAGUUCACGUGAUGAUCACCCGCCGCGCAAAUCCAACCGAUCUCGCUCCAUAUCCACCCUGCAAAUCCACCAUAAACUGGACCGCCUGGGCCUGUGGAUGGAGAGGCUGAUGGAAGGCACUCUGCCUCGUUAUUACAUUCCCGCCUGGCCAGGGCUGGACAAGAUCACGGCCAAUAAAUAAAACUAGACCAACAGGAAGUUCUUUAUCUGCUUUCACACUGAAACUGUUUGCCUCACUUGCUACUGAAUACUAGAGCUGUUGUUUUUUUGCACUUGAUAUUUAUUAGUUACAGAUGUGCUUGAUAGGUAGGUCAAUGUUAUACAGUAUGUUGGACUUUAUUGCAACUAAUGUGGUAAAAGUCCAAUAACAUACUGUAUUCCUCUCAACACUCAUACUGCUUGCUAUUCAUUUUCAACGUUUUCUUUUUUCCCAGGUAAAUUUUGAAACAAAACAGACUCACUGUGGCUGCUAAUGGGCUUUUGCCUUGAUGACCAUCAAUUACACUCGCCCAAACUGAGCUGAAAUAAGCAGGAUAUUCUGUAACUACAUUAGUCUCAACAGAUGAAUACUGUGAAUAGAGAUGCAUGUCUCGAGCACUAGUUUUGUUUUUUGUUUUUGCCUUUUUUGUGUAACUACCUACUUUAAGAAAUUAUUUUCUGAAUGCUGAUUUUACUUGUCUGUGCGAAAUAGCCUCUUACUGUAAUGGCAAUGCCUUCCUUUAACCUUGGCUGUGAGAGCUCAGUCUUCACUAUUCUUCCGUACUUGUGAUUGAAAGAAAAGAAAAUCUAUGGACAUGUUCUGUUUUCUUAUAAGGGUACUGCAGAGGUUGUGGUUGUAUAUUUCUCUCAAAAAGAGCAACAAAAAAAAAGAGUUGCAUAUCAGCCUUGGUCUAAUUAACAACCUUAGCUGGUAGUUUUAUGUAGGAAACAAGUAAUGGGUUGUUUCUAGGGGACAGGCCAUUGAUCUCAUGUCACCGUCAUUUUUGAAAUUGCUACACUUGACUGAUAUUUUACAUAUAGAAAAUGUCUCACUGUGUCAUUUAAACAGAACAAUCAGUAAUUCAAGUAAUGGUUAAUGUGUGUAGUAGGGCUGGGCGAUAUAGCUGAAAAAUUUAUUACGAUAAAAUCUUUUUCAGUCCGCCGAUAAUUAUCGAUCACUUUUAAUGACCUAUUUUUCAUAAAGACCAGGAGAAAAAAGGUUGAAUUUGACCACCUUACUUUACAUUUAACCACCGUGGUGUUCUGAUAUCAGUCAGACUUGGGAAGCCAAAAAAAAAAAUCCUGCCAUACUGGCGAGCUGACCUGUCCUUUUUUAAUCAACAAUUUCCUCUCCGCUUGCACUCACUUUCUCACUCCAUGCUUUUUCUGUUGUCACAUGAAUGGCUGUUUGCGUGUCACGCUCCAGUAUCAAGGGAUAUGGUAGGCUGUUUGAGCCAGGGAGGGAUCGCGCAUAUUCAUUAUAUGCUUUCAUGGCGGUUUGCAUUUAAGUGAAACUAUCCAACGAUUUUCUAAUUGCUAUUGAUUUAGUGUGUAUCGCCGGUAAAUAUCGCUAUUUUAUCGCCCAGGCCUACCAUGUAGUUUAUUUUACAGACAUGAACAUUAGAAUUGCUACUAAUGUAAUUUUAUCAAAACUGUGAAGUGUAAAUAUUGUACAUAACCAUGUUAUCUAUAUAAUCUUUAUUUUAAAAAAAUGUAACAUUAAAGAUGAGUUACUUUGUACACUAUCAACUAUCAACGUUUUCCCCUGGAUUUAUCAUGAUGUUGUGGUCAGUUUUUUUUGGGUGUCCAUCAAGACUUUGAAACAAGCUGCUGUAAAAGAAAAAUAUCUCUGCUGCGUGCAGAUGUUUCAUUGGGUUGUCAGUAGUGUGUGUAACCUCUUGCUGGUUGUUAAUAAAAUGGUUUAUGUUUGUGAUUA